CGUCAAGCCCCGGAUUCCACCUCCCUGUAGGUGGACUGCCAGCGCAGGCCCUGACAACGCAGAGAAAGACACAGGACCCAGCUGGGCCAGUGACAGUAGGAGCUCCUGGUGCCACAGGAAUGGAAACUGUGACUCAUAAUAGUCAGCCAGCCAGUCAAUGAUUAUCCCCCCAGGCCCUGGCGCAUCAAGAUUUGCUGGCAGACACUAUUAGAAGUAAAAGCCACGUGUCCUCAAGAGGGCAAGGCAAGGCAUCUUCAGAUGUCUCUGCCCUUAAAGCACACGCGUUCUGCUCUGCGACGAAGCAGGACAAGGACAGGGACCUGCACCUCCGGAGGCCCGCACCUACGAAGAUAGCGGGCUCGGGACCUUCGGUGGACCCGCAGGGUUCCAGAGGCCCGCGCGCCGCCGCCCCGCCCUCAUUGCUGAGCCUGCCAGGUAAGCAGCCCCAGCGCCGUGCCCGCGCGACCUCUACUCCUUCCGGGAGGGUCGCGCUCACGUCUGAAGUGGGAGCAAUGCACCGGGACAGGGACACCUCCUAGGCCAUGCCUGUUCCAGUCCAGUUCUGCCUGAAAGUCCGGCUGGCUCAUCACCUGCUUAAAUAAAACCUUAUACGUGCAAACUUCCUCCGCAAGCAGCGCGCCGCAGGACCGGAAGUGACGCGUUACGUGCCCGCGUAUUCCUACCGGCGUAUUCCCGCUCUGCUUUUCGCCCGCCGUUCCGUGGCGGGAACUGAGGCGACUGUGGGGACAUCAGUGAUCGGUGAAGUACCAUGCAAGCAUUUCUUAAAGGUACAUCCAUCAGUACUAAACCCCCGCUGACCAAGGAUCGAGGAGUAGCUGCCACUGCGGGAAGUAGCGGAGAGAACAAGAAAGCCAAACCCGUUCCCUGGGUGGAAAAAUAUCGCCCAAAAUGUGUGGAUGAAGUUGCUUUCCAGGAAGAAGUGGUUGCAGUGCUGAAAAAAUCUUUAGAAGGAGCAGAUCUUCCUAAUCUCUUGUUUUACGGACCACCUGGAACUGGAAAAACAUCCACUAUUUUGGCAGCAGCUAGAGAACUCUUUGGGCCUGAACUUUUCCGAUUAAGAGUUCUUGAGUUAAAUGCAUCUGAUGAACGUGGAAUACAAGUAGUUCGAGAGAAAGUGAAAAAUUUUGCUCAAUUAACUGUGUCAGGAAGUCGUUCAGAUGGGAAGCCGUGUCCGCCUUUUAAGAUUGUGAUUCUGGAUGAAGCAGAUUCUAUGACCUCAGCUGCUCAGGCAGCUUUAAGACGUACCAUGGAGAAGGAGUCGAAAACCACCCGAUUCUGUCUUAUCUGUAACUAUGUCAGUCGAAUAAUUGAACCCCUGACCUCUAGAUGCUCAAAAUUCCGCUUCAAGCCUCUGUCAGAUAAAAUUCAACAGCAGCGAUUACUAGACAUUGCCAAGAAGGAAAAUGUCAAAAUUAGUGAUGAGGGAAUAGCUUAUCUUGUUAAAGUGUCAGAAGGAGACUUAAGAAAAGCCAUUACAUUUCUUCAAAGCGCUACUCGAUUAACAGGUGGAAAGGAGAUCACAGAGAAAGUGAUUACAGACAUUGCUGGGGUAAUACCAGCUGAGAAAAUUGAUGGAGUAUUUGCUGCCUGUCAGAGUGGCUCUUUUGACAAACUAGAAGCUGUGGUCAAGGAUUUAAUAGAUGAGGGUCAUGCAGCAACUCAGCUCGUCAAUCAACUCCAUGAUGUGGUUGUAGAAAAUAACUUAUCUGAUAAACAGAAGUCUAUUAUCACAGAAAAACUUGCCGAAGUUGACAAAUGCCUAGCAGAUGGUGCUGACGAACAUUUGCAACUCAUCAGCCUUUGUGCAACUGUGAUGCAGCAGUUAUCUCAGAAUUGUUAACGUGAAUAUAUCUGGAUGGGGGGGGUUUGUAAAUGAUGGGGUUGUAAUAAAAAUAAAAUGACCAAAAGCA